AUGGCCGUAUUGACCUUGAGCUGGGCUGUCAUUCUAACAGCAGCUGCAUCAUUCGCGCCGGGAUUCGCAUCAGCAUUCUCCACCACCCAUUCGACCUAUCGCAUUCCAGCAACAGUCCAGAACGAACCAGCCUAUGUAAGAUUCGAAGUCGAUACUCCGGGCGGCAUAUUGGGCAUUCAGAGCCGACAGAGCCUCGAUGCGCCAAUGCUGGAUUCGAUCAAUAGCUCCGUCUUUGACUGGUGGUACUUUGAUGCGGUUUCCCUGGAUGAUCCGCGCGAAUCGCUCGUCUUGACCUUUUUCACCGCCACGGCUGAUGCGUUUCCCUUUUUGGAUUCGACACAGAAAUCUGUGCUUAUCGCCUAUGCUUGGGCUUCGUUUAGCAAUGGGUCUUCGUGGGCGGGUUAUCUUCCUGCGACGCUGGCGACGGUUGAUAUUGGUGGAGAUGGAGAGGCUGAUGGGAACGUUAGCUCGGGCAUGUGGGAGGACACGGGGUUUCGAUGGAAUGCCUCGAAAGAGGAUCUAUCUGCCUAUGAGAUUUCGGUGGAUUCGCCAGAGUUGGAUGUCAAGGGGACCUUGAGUUUCACGUCGAGAGCCCCCCCUCAUCUACCCUGCGGUAUUAAGUCUGAUACCACACCGUUGCAGAUUGCUCCUCAUAUCGGGUGGGUGAAUCUGGUACCCGAUGCCGUGGGAUCCGUCGACGUGACCAUCCGAGGGACUCAAUUGAAAUUUGAAGGCGCUGCCUAUCAUGACAAGAAUUGGUCCGAUCGAAAUUUCACCGAGUCCGUCCGAAGCUGGUACUGGGGCCAUGGCCGACUCGGGGCCUACUCGAUUGUCUGGUUCAGUUACCUCGCCAUCAACGACCUAACGAACACAACGUAUGUGAGUAGCUACGUCGCUCGUGAUGGUGAGAUUCUCGUAGAUGCUUGCGAUGUCUCACUCCUCACUGUUCGUCCCACGGGGAGCCCGAACACGACUGGUUCCCGAUACCCUCCGUAUGUCGGCGAUAUUCCGGAUGGAUUCAAGCUUGACUUCGUCUUAGAGGAAAACAAGCGGCUAAGAGUGAAUGUCUCCACGGAAUCCAAAGUGGCUGGGGAUGGAGAGUAUUAUAUGCGAUGGACGGGGAGUAUAACGGGUGAGAUGGUGGAGGAAAUGGGAAUGGAUUCAUCAUCCAAGUCUCUCGUGCGAGAGUCUUCUCUCACUGGAGUGGCGGUCUUUGAACAGUUUCACAUGCUGGAGCGAGGCUCUUCUUAG